AGCGGCACCGGUCGGAUGCCGUUCCAGUCGCUGCGUUUCGCGAAGCGCUGUCCACGGGGGCGCCGAGGCAGCCUGCUGCCCGGUGGGGCGCGGCGUGAGGCCGCCCCGAGCUGUGGGGUCUGGCCCUCUGCCCGCGCGGGCACGAACGACGUGGGUUCAGCCUCGCCCUCCCCCUCGUCUUCCCCCCUUCAGAACUCCUCUGACAUGCCGGAGACCAUCACCAGCCGAGACGCCGCGCGCUUCCCCAUCGUAGCCAGCUGCACCCUGCUAGGACUCUACCUCUUCUUCAAGAUCUUCUCUCAGGAAUACAUCAACCUCCUGCUCUCCAUGUAUUUCUUCGUCCUGGGGAUUCUUGCUCUGUCCCACACCAUCAGCCCCAUGAUGAACAAAGUCUUCCCGGCUAACUUCCCCAGCAAGCAGUACCAGCUGCUCUUCACCCAGGGCUCAGGGGAGGCCAAGGAAGAGAUUGUGAAUUAUGAGUUUGAUACCAAGGACCUUGUGUGCCUGGCUAUGAGCAGCGUCGUGGGGGUCUGGUACCUGCUGAGGAAGCACUGGAUCGCCAACAACCUCUUUGGGCUUGCCUUCUCCCUCAACGGGGUGGAGCUGCUGCACUUGAACAACGUCAGCACUGGCUGCAUCCUGCUUGGAGGACUCUUCAUCUACGACGUGUUCUGGGUCUUCGGCACCAACGUGAUGGUGACUGUUGCCAAAUCGUUUGAGGCGCCAAUAAAAUUGGUUUUCCCCCAGGACCUGCUGGAGAAGGGGCUGGAAGCUGACAACUUCGCCAUGCUGGGGCUGGGAGAUAUUGUCAUUCCAGGAAUCUUCAUUGCCUUGCUGCUGCGUUUCGACAUCAGCUUGAAGAAGAACACGCACACGUACUUCUACACCAGCUUCGUGGCUUACAUCUUCGGCCUGGGCCUCACCAUCUUCAUCAUGCACAUCUUCAAGCAUGCCCAGCCGGCGCUGCUGUACCUGGUCCCUGCCUGCAUCGGGUUCCCUCUCCUCGUGGCUUUGGUGAAGGGAGAAGUCACUGAAAUGUUCAGCUACGAAUCCUCUGCUGAAAUCUUGCCACACACGCCGCGACUUACCCACUUCCCCACCGUGUCCGGUUCGCCGGCCAGCCUGGCCGAUUCCAUGCAGCAGAAACUGUCCUGCCCCCGCCGACGCCGGCAGCAAAGCCCCAGCGCCAUGUAGCCUCCGCCCACCAGGCCCUUUCCUUGCCUCUCUGGCCAGCUACGAGGAGAGCUCCACUCCCAAGGAGGUGCCCGCGGCCUCCAAGGACGGACUGACAGACGGGGAGAAGAAAGAGAAGUGACCUUGCAGGUCUGGGCUGGGCUCGGUGCUCUGGGCCAAGCCGGGCCACCCGGCCCCAGCCCCAUCGCAAGCGACGACGGCAAGAAGCCUCCCCUUUCCCCCCCAUCUAUGUAGCCGCAUCGUGUUCGUGUGCCCGGACCAGCCGCCCCUGCCCUCCCCAGCUGCAGGGCUGCCCCGCUCCGUUUUAUCACCGGCCCCUCGGUGCGGGGGGCCCCUGCGGGGCCGGUUUUUAAAUUUUGUAUCGUGGACUCGCUUUCUCUCAUAUUAAAUCAUCUCGAAGGAGGGGCA